GGGAAAAGCUGACAGUGCUGCUGAGUGAGGGAACGGGUGCUGCAAGCAGACUGCACACGCACAUCGAUGCACACAGACACUGACAUGGACACGGACACAGAAACCACAGCACUCUGUCCCUCCGGCAGCCACCAGGCUUCCCCCCCAGGGACUCCCACACCAGAAACAGAUGCCACACUGCUAAAGAAGCCAGAGAAACUGUUGGCAGGGUUGGACCUGGGUGGACCAUCCCCUGCCCCAGGGGCCCCCAGAAGAAGAGGCAGUAUGCCUGUCCCCUACAAACACCAACUGCUGCGGGGCCAGGCUGUAGAUGAACUUGACUGGCCACCUCAAGCCUCGUCCUCUGGCUCUUCUGACUCCUUGGGCUCAGGAGAGGCAGCCCCCACCCAAAAGGAUGCCAUUUUCAAGGUCAUGCUGGUGGGGGAGAGCGGCGUGGGCAAGAGCACCCUAGCAGGCACUUUCGGCGGUCUCCAGGGAGACAGUGCUCAUGAGCCAGAGAACCCAGAGGAUUCCUAUGAGAGACGCAUCAUGGUGGAUAAGGAGGAAGUUACCCUAGUUGUUUAUGACAUCUGGGAACAGGGGGACGCAGGGGGGUGGCUGCGGGACCACUGCCUUCAGACCGGGGAUGCCUUUCUCAUCGUCUUCUCAGUCACUGACCGAAGGAGCUUCUCCAAAGUUCCAGAGACCCUACUUCGUCUCAGGGCUGGGCGACCCCACCAUGACCUGCCUGUCAUAAUCGUUGGAAACAAGAGCGAUCUGGCCCGCUCCAGGGAGGUCUCACUGGAGGAGGGCCGCCAUCUGGCAGGGACACUGAGCUGCAAACACAUCGAGACAUCGGCUGCUCUGCACCACAACACGAGGGAGCUCUUCGAAGGCGCGGUGCGCCAGAUCCGGCUGCGGCGGGGUCGGAGCCACGUGGGGGGCCAGCGGCCAGAGGCGGGCAGUCCGGAGGGCCCUGCACCGCCAGCGCGCCGAGAGAGCCUCACCAAAAAGGCCAAGCGCUUCCUUGCCAACCUAGUGCCGCGCAAUGCCAAGUUCUUAAAGCAGCGCUCUAGGUCCUGCCACGACCUUUCCGUGCUCUGA